CCUCAAUUCCCGACUCUCAUCUCCCUUGUCCCCGUUUACACCGUUGGCGCUGUGGUAGCGUUACAGUGCUCCAGAUUCUCGAAAAAUGCUGAAAAUUGAAACGAUGAUUUAAAAUCGCGCACGCUUGUCCAUGUUUACUCCACGUUUACUCGCCUGCCGCCGAUGUAUCAGUACACGGGAAGCAUGUUUCGGUUGACACCUACAUCUGGAUGCAGAUUGCAGCCUGUCACUUAACAGAUCCAGCCCCCGAGGACGAUAAUCCUAUCCUAAAUCGACAUCGCCUGGAUUUGGUUUUCAGUUUCUUUUAGUUUAUGUGCGGUUAGUUGUGAUUGGUGAAUCGAUAUAAAUCUGCAGUGUGAACGGUGUACAGUAAAUAAUUCAAAAGACAUCCUCGACAAUAGCUGACGAACAUUCCUCCACAUAGUAUGGCCUCGGUCGCCGCUUGGCUGCCAUUCGCGCGGGCGGCGGCCAUAGGAUGGGUGCCCAUCGCCACGCAUCCUCUUCCACCGCCUCCAGUUCCCAAAGACCGCAGGAAAACAGAUGACGAGAAGUUGCUCAUCAACGUCUCCGGUCGUCGCUUCGAAACCUGGAGAAACACUCUAGAAAAAUAUCCAGACACUCUUCUGGGCUCCAACGAGCGGGAAUUCUUCUACGAUGAAGACGUUAAAGAGUAUUUCUUCGACAGAGAUCCUGACAUCUUCAGACACAUCCUCAACUACUACCGUACAGGUAAACUACAUUAUCCCAAGCACGAAUGUCUUACCAGCUACGAUGAAGAGCUAGCGUUCUUCGGCAUACUUCCCGACGUAAUUGGGGAUUGCUGUUACGAAGAUUACAGAGACAGAAAACGUGAGAAUGCGGAACGGUUGAUGGACGAUAAGCUUUCGGAGAACGGUGAUCAGCAUUUACAGCAAUUAACGAAUCUUAGGCAGAAGAUGUGGAGGGCUUUUGAAAAUCCGCAUACAUCGACAGCAGCUUUAGUGUUCUACUAUGUAACUGGUUUCUUUAUAGCAGUGUCUGUAAUGGCAAAUGUAGUCGAGACAGUACCGUGUGGCAGUCGACCCGGUGGAGCGGGUUCUUUACCCUGCGGUGAGCGUUACAAGAUAGUGUUUUUCUGUCUAGAUACCGCCUGUGUUAUGAUCUUCACGGCUGAAUAUCUUCUUAGGAUGUUCGCGGCACCAAAUCGUUACAAAUUCGUGAGAUCAGUGAUGAGUAUCAUAGACGUUGUUGCCAUACUACCCUAUUACAUUGGACUUGGUAUUACAGACAAUGAUGAUGUAUCUGGUGCGUUUGUUACACUACGAGUAUUUAGAGUUUUCAGAAUUUUCAAAUUUUCGAGACAUUCUCAGGGUCUUCGGAUUUUGGGUUAUACACUUAAAUCUUGCGCUUCCGAGUUAGGAUUUCUUGUGUUCUCGUUGGCUAUGGCCAUCAUUAUAUUCGCCACAGUUAUGUUUUAUGCCGAAAAGAAUGUUGGAAAAACUUUUACGUCCAUUCCAGCUGCAUUUUGGUAUACCAUAGUCACAAUGACCACUUUAGGAUACGGAGAUAUGGUGCCAGCGACAAUAGCGGGGAAAAUUGUAGGUGGAGUUUGUUCACUAAGUGGAGUACUGGUAAUCGCUCUUCCAGUACCAGUCAUUGUUUCUAAUUUUAGUAGAAUUUAUCAUCAAAACCAAAGAGCUGAUAAACGAAAAGCACAGAGGAAAGCGCGUUUGGCCAGAAUUCGCAUCGCCAAAGCUUCUUCUGGUGCGGCGUUCGUGAGUAAAAAGAAGGCAGCAGAAGCGCGUUUAGCUGCUCAAGAGUCAGGCAUCGAAUUGGAUGACAAUUACAGAGAAGAGGAUAUCUUCGAAUUACAACAUCACCAUUUGCUGCGCUGUUUGGAGAAGACUACCGACAGAGAGUUCGUAGAACUUGAGGUGCCUUAUAAUGGGCAUCCCAAAAGACCAGGAUCUCCGUCUCCGAUGGCUAGCCCAGCCCAUUCGACAGUAUCAAUGGGUCUACUGCAAUCCUGUUGCGGUCGAUGCUGCCCCAGGAGGUAUCAACAGACCUGUGGCAAAUACAUGCCAGCCGCUUCUGCAGCCCAAACCAAUCAAACAGGAAGCGGCUUAGAUGGAACUUAUUUGGUCGAAGCCUCCUUCUAAGACAUAUCAUCACAUUCUAAUUUACAUAUAGUAUUAUUAUAUUACCGGCCUAAUUUCUGUGUUGUUAUGGCUAUCUUUCUUUCAUUUCUAUUUUGAUUUAAUAGGUUCGUAUAAUAUAACGAAAGUUACUGUAGGAAGUGUUCACUUUUAUCUGUUACUAAAUAUAAAGAUAGAUUGGAAAAUUUUUAGAAUGAGAAAGGAAAAAUAACUUUUUGGGUAUGUUCAAUAAAUGCAAUGAUGCAAUGGAAAUGAAAUAGUUGAGAAAAGUAAAUAGGAUAGAAUAAGGAAUGAAGAUAUGAAUAACUAAACAGGAACCAAUAAUAACAAAGAUCAAAAAGAAACGAUUAAACUGGUAUGGUCACCUAGUAAAAAUAACACCAGACAUAAUAGCGAGAAACGUAAUGGAAAUAGUUAACUCAAGAAGGCAAAGAGGAAGGCCCAGAAGGAAAUUUAUUAACCGGAUUGAAGAUAUCUGAAUUGAUAUGGAUAAAACUUUGGUACAAGGGAAAACACUAGCCAGGAACAGGAAAGAAUGGAAGAAAUGAACACAGAAAGAUAACGGAUCCCAAUCCGAUGCAAAAGGAUAUGAGAAAGAAGAAGAUAAUGGUUUUCUUAGUAGAGUUAACAGUAUAGGAGGUACCAGAUUUUACAGUUUUUGAUUUUAAUUUAAAAAAUGUUAAAAAUAAAAGUGAAUCUUCCACUAAAGCUUUUUUUCUGGAUUUUACAUUCCAUUUUAUUACUAUUUUUGUUGUAUUUCAAUGUCAAAAAUGUUCUAUCCACGUUUCCGGAAGAAUGUUUUAUUAUAAAUGUACGAAUCAAAAAAUAUAUUAGACAUUGGAAUAUUAAAUUAUAUACGGCUUAUAAGUUCUAAGAACUGGACGGAAAUCCAGGAAAAGAACUUAUACUGUACUUCAUUUAAUGCUAAAUAAUAAACGAAUUAUGGAAAAAGAAGAUAAGUGCCAAUAGUGCAUUAAAUAAUGUUGCCUUGAAUUGGUCAAUACAAUGUUCUGUACACAUUACAGCUUUUAUGUAUCUUUGAUUUCGCUACAAAAAUCUACUGUUAUUUUAAGUAUCUUUGUUACUUCAAGUACCUAUAACUUCAAUUAAUUUUUACUAAUGGAAUUGGUAGUAGUAUUUACUGGUAAAUAUUAUUUUUGUUUUUAAAUUGAACAAUAUUUUAACAUUUCUAGGAUAGUAAAUGGAUCCAAGUACAAUAAACUAGUCUAAGCAGAAGAAUUUUGUAGGUCAAGUAAGUACCAGAACAAGUCAUGUAAGAUUAUUUUUAUAAAAACUUUGUAAGUAAUACAUUUCAAGUGUAGGUAUAUUGAAUUCUUGAAAUAGUAAAUAGUUCAAAGUUUUGUAUUUUUACUUGAAGUGAGUCCUGCAAGUGCCUGGUACUUAAGUAAAAACAUUAUGUACUUGCAGUUAUUGCUUGUAUUUUUCUACAAUUCGUUUAUUUAGGACAGUCUUGAGUGACACUAAUAAACCAUUUGCCAAAAUAUAUAAAUAGUGUUUUUAAGAAGCGAAUUACUUUACUUUUCUAUUUUUUAAAUUUAAUUUGUUGUUUACUAAAUAUUUAGGACAAUCUGAUUCGAUACCACAUUUGUAGAUAGAUAUAAAACGAAAAAUCAAAAAUUGAACAAUGUUCUUUGCAAAUGAUCUCCCAGGAUUUUACAAUAAAAAUUGGAUUGGAGCAAAAAUGUAUCUUUAGACAUAACUUAAAUGGAAUAUUUUCAUUCGUUUCAUAAAGUACAAAACAAUGGAAUUGAUACAGAGCUAGUGAAAUGAACGAUCCUUGAUAGAACAUAUCUUAGAGAUGACAAAUGAUGGAGCGAUACAUUUCUUUUCCAUUGUCUUUGUAGGAUAAUAGAAGUACAUCCGCUGUUUUAAGCCCCGUUUUCUAACUCAACAAAGUCUCAUUUUUAACGAUUAACUAAUGUGAAGUUAUCUAGCAGUAAAUUUUAUUUUCAAUUUAUUCAUUAAUUAAUUACUCGGAUAAUUUGUUUGAAUAAAUAAACUAUACAUUGCAAAGUACAGAUUGCACUUGUAUUUAUAAAAUUACAAACACAUUUUUUCAAGAAUCCUUAGGUUUUUAAAUAGUAACUAAUAUGCAUAUACAUAUUUGGUCCAUUCAUGUUUGUGUUGGGAGUCUAUUAUUAUUAUUAUUAUUAUUAAAUAGAGGUACAUAAAUAUUUUUUAAUAUAUACCUCGAUAACUAUAUCUACCAUAUUGUAUGAUAAUUAAAUUGCGUUUCUUAACCAAUAUGUACAUAAUGGAGAAGUUGAGUAAAGCAGGAAGAGCCAAUAAAACUUGGAAGAAUCAUCUGCGACGAUUAAAGUCAUUAAUGAACAAGAAAAAUAAUAAGGGGCCAAGGUGGGAGCCUGGUGGUAAUCUUGAUCAAACGUGGAUGAGGAAAGUAGGUAUUGAGGCGGUUGGGUCUGGGAAAAUAUUUUUGAGCGUAGGUAAAUUUUGCUGAAUAUUUUGGCAAUUGACCCGGGCCAACUACCUAAAGCAUACUUGAUUGUACUUUCCCUCGCUAAACCAACAAAUAUUAAAUAGUGAUGGUACUGAUUGAUAUGUGAUUUUGAGUAUUUAUAUUUAUGAGUAUCUAUUAGUAUGAAUAUUUCUGAGUAUUU